AUGUACGAUUACAUGGAAAGUCUAAGAAGAAAUCUUAGGCCACCAAAAAUGUUCUUACAAGUAUAUUCCCUUUUCAUCCUGAUGCUAGAUCUUGUAACACUUUUAGUUGGCAUCUUUUUUGCUAUUUUAAUGGCAAUAUAUAGAACAUUUAGACCUCCACCUUUGAAAAGUUUACAUGGAGAAGUUGCAAUGGUUGUUGGUGCUGGACGAGGUGUAGGCAGAGAAUUAGCAAUUCAUUUGUGUCGGUUGGGUGUCAGUGUUGCUUGUGUGGACAUUAAUGCUGAAAAUUCUAAUGUUACUGUAGAAAAAACUUCACAGGCAUUGGGGGUGGCAAAAACAUAUAUUUGCAAUGUUACGGACAAAAAUGAAGUGGCUCGUACUGUAAAUAUUAUUCGAUCACAAUUAGGUGAAAUUACAAUGCUUUUUCAUUGCUGCAGUAUACCAAGUCCUAGGGCAUUAAUUGAAGAUCAACCAGAAAUUAGGCACACAAUUGAGUUAACUGUAGUCAGCCACUUCUGGUUAUUAGAAACAGUUUUACCUUCCAUGGAACGUGCUGGCAAGGGACACAUAGUGGUUUUGUCUUCUGUGGCUGGUCUAUCAGGUGUUGUUACUGGAGGAAGUAGGGUUCCUUUGUCUACUGCUCAGUUUGCUGUUCAAGGUUUAGCUGAGUCAUUACAUACUGAAUUAAGGCAUUCUAAUAGUAAUAUUAUAAUUACCUUAGUUCAUGUUUACCCAUUUAUUGUGAGCGCAGAAAUGGCAAGAGAUAUUCGUUUCAGAAUACCAAGCUACUUUGGCACAAUGCCCGCUGUAGAAGCAGCUAAGCAAAUUUUAGAUGGUGUUCGUCGAAAUUAUGCGGAAUUCAGUGUACCUGGGUAUUUACUAUAUCUGGGACAUGUUCUCAGGGUACUUCCGAAAAAGGCAUCGUUUAUGAUGCGCGACUUAUUAGACACGGGAGUUGAUUUUGGAUGAUAUUUAGUUUUCCUAAUUAAGUGUGAUAAUUUGUUUCUGGCAGUUAUAUUGUGG